CUCCCGCUACUCCCUCCCCAUUCAAGGUGCGGCAGAGGAACAGGUGCGUGAAGAAUCUCAGAGACACUUUAUAAAUCGAAAAACCACCGUUGUUUAAACAUUUUCAGAAAGCGAAGGAAUACUUCAAUAGAGUAACAAGAGGACUUAACUUUAUCAGUAACACAGCAAACUUAGCUAAACGUCGACAGUUAGUGAGGAGAGGGGGAUUUUUACCUUCACAGCAGGUGGACGUCGUCUGUGUUGUUUCCGCCGUCAAAUCAAAGAAGAAGUAGGAAAAUGGCCAACAAAGGUCUGCAGAUUUUGGGAUUCGCCCUGUCCCUUAUUGGCUUAAUUGGACUGAUAAUUGGCACAAUUUUGCCCCAGUGGAAGAUGUCCUCUUAUGCUGGGGACAACAUCAUCACGGCGAUAGCCAUGUACGAAGGACUGUGGAUGUCCUGCGCGUUUCAGAGCACGGGCCAGAUCCAGUGCAAGGUCUACGACUCUAUGCUGCAGCUCAAUGGCGCCCUCCAGGCAACCCGCGCCCUCAUGAUCUUGUCCAUCAUCGUAACGGUGGCCGGCCUGGGCAUCGCCUGCAUGGGAAUGAAGUGCACCAACUGCGGAGGAGAUGAUAAAACGCGCAAGUCACGCAUCGCCAUGGCCGGUGGCAUCGUCAUCCUGAUUGGAUCUUUGAGUGGCAUUGUCGCCUGCUCUUGGUACGCUCACGACAUCAUCCAAGCCUUCUACAACCCUUUCACCCCCGUCAAUACCAAGUAUGAGUUUGGCUCUGCUAUCUUCAUCGCCUGGGCUGGAGCCUUCCUGGCUAUAAUUGGAGGCGGCAUGCUGGCAGCAUCGUGCCCAAGAGAAAAAUCUACACCCAAAUAUCCCAUCUCUAGACCCCCCAGCAGCAAGGAGUACGUUUGAAGAGGACAGAGCCCGGUUUAGAUGCUGAAGGGACACUUUGACAUUCACGCUUGUCAGAGAUUUUAGGAAGUGAUCCGUUUUUUUUAAUAUUUUUAGUUUCUGCAGGACCCUGAUAUGUUACUGUAAUAUUUUAACGCAUUCAAAGUUUUAAAUGAUGGCUGUUUACUUCUUAAAGAGCCUAUAGGCAUUGCCCGGUCUGACGGUGCUUACUGGUUGUAUACUAUCCACCUGUAAAGCCCUAAGUUAGAUUUAAGGUGGAACAUCCAAGAAUGUACAAUUUGGUGUGUAGAAAUAUAUGUUGCAUGCUACGAUGUGCAGUGCAUCAGAGUGUACAGUGUUUGAAUGCAUUGAAAGUGGCAAUGGUAAACUCUUACACCUUUCUAUCCGGCACAGAGAAGCAUUAUGUCCAUGUAUUUGUGCCUUAUUUAUAACACAAGCAUUCAGUAACACAGAAGGCCAUUUUUGUUUUAACCAACUGCCAGAGGGAUAUUGUAACUAUAUACAUUGCAGUAUACUGAUCCUUUAACACGUUGCCAAUGUUGAUAUUGAAUUCCCGAUGUUGUGAGCAGACUAUUUGUUGACCUAUUGUGCGAAUGGGCUUGACUUAUUGCUACUAUUAUUUUAAGUCACAAAAACUGUUGCUUCACUGAUCAAAUUCAGUUUGUUUUUUUUAAUUGUGAUUUGCAAAGUUUGUGUUGUACAUACAAUAAAAGUGGAAAAUAUA